AGUUCUGUCUGUGGUCAAUACAGACGUUUCGUGAAUGAGAGAGAUGAAGAUUUUCUCAGCUAAUCUUGUAAUUUUGCUCAUUCCUUACUGUUUAUCUAUAGAAAACAGGAGCAGCAGUACUAUAUCAGACUUGGAUUUGUUGGAUAAAGUGUUAAAAGGUUACGACAGAAGAGCAUUACCAACCAGUCAUUCAGGAAAUGCAACGAUUGUAUCGUGUGAAAUGUAUAUUCGCAGCUUUGGAUCGAUUAAUCCUGCAACAAUGGAUUAUGAAGUUGAUUUGUAUCUAAGACAAAGAUGGUUCGAUGAAAGGUUACAAAAACCGAAAUUUUCGAAAGCUUUAGACUUGAAUGAUCCAAAUUUAGUUCAAAAAAUUUGGAAGCCUGAAGUGUUUUUUGCGAAUGCAAAAUAUGCAGACUUUCAAUACGUCACUGUGCCUAAUGUAUUAGUGCGUAUCACUCCCGGAGGAGAAUUAUUAUAUAUGUUAAGAUUAAAACUACUGUUUUCUUGUAUGAUGGAUCUUUAUCCAUAUCCAAUGGAUUCUCAAGUUUGUAAUAUUGAAUUAGCAUCUUUUUCCAAAACUACAGAAGAAUUACAAUUGGAAUGGUUUAAACCAGUACCAAUUAUAUUGUAUGAAAAUUUAAAGUUGCCGCAAUUUGAAAUCGAACACAUUAACACUUCCUUAUGCAAAGAAAAGUUUCAUAUAGGUUAG